AUUCAGUUAGUUAUAUGAUGAAGUUGGGAGCUUGUUGAAUUAAUUGUGUCCAAUUCAUCUAUAUAUCCUCCAAAUCAACGUUAUACUAUACACAUUUGCAUGCAUGCCCGGUGAAUGCAUAUAAUAUAUUACAAUCGAUCAAGACCGCCACCGCCACUGCCAACCGCCGUGCCCUAUUAUUUUUAUUAUUCCUUCUGACCGGAACCGGAAAGAUCCGUCCGUCCGUCCGUCGUGAAGAUCCGUCCUAUCUCUAUCUAGCUAUCAUCAUAUCGGCGCAGCAAUACAUAAUGGAGAGAAGCUCCGCCGGCGGUGUAGAAUUAGAGGGUGGUUGCGACCAUCCCAACUUUGACGACGACGGCCGCGUAAAACGAACUGGAACAUUGAUGACAACAAUAGCACAUAUAAUAACAGCGGUGAUUGGGUCAGGAGUGCUAUCUCUAGCUUGGGCUAUAGCACAGUUGGGAUGGAUCGCCGGCCCAAUAACACUCUUCCUCUUUGCCCUCCUUACCUGGUAUGCUUCUAGUCUGCUUUCUGAUUGCUACCGCUCCCCGGAUGGGAAAAGGAACACCACUUACAUGCAAGCUGUUACAACACAUCUAGGAGGGUGUAACAUCAAGCUUUGUGGAAUAGCUCAGUAUACAAAUCUCGUUGGGACUAGCAUCGGAUACACUAUCACCACAUCACUCAGUUUAAUGGCAAUUGACAAAUCUAACUGUUAUCAUAAAUAUGGACACAAGGCUGAUUGUCGGCAGAAGAAUAGCAUCUUCACAAUUGUAUUUGGAAUAGCUCAAGUUGUUCUAAGCCAGAUUCCAAACAUUCACGAACUCGCAUAUCUCUCCCUUAUUGCCUCUAUCAUGUCCUUUGCUUACUCUUCCAUUGGUCUCGCCCUCUCCAUUGAUAGAAUUGCAAGAUGACGGAGGGAGUAUAUAUUUGACUACUACUACAAUAGUCACAAUCUUUGUUGGGAAAUUGCACUCAUUUUAAAGAAUUGAUGAGAAGGAAAGUAUAUCAACUUUUGUUUGUUUUCAAAUUAUAUAGCUAGACCACCUUUGAAAAUUGUUUAUGUUCUUGAUAUUUUAAUGAUUAACAUAUGCAUUCCAAAUAAAAUUAACAUUAACAAUACAUUUAUAAUGAUUAGGAGGGACACAUGUGACAACUAGCAUUACAGGAAGGCCAAUUGGACCCAACUUCUCAAGUACAGAAAAAAUGUGGAAUAUCUUUGCUGCCGUUGGAGACAUUGCCUUUGCCUACAUUUUCUCUAAUGUCCUGGUUGAAAUACAGGACACAAUAAAAGCCUCUCCAAAGGAGAAUAAAGUGAUGAAACGUGCCACUUUCUAUGGUAUAUUUAUAUCCUCCAUCUUCUACGUCCUUUGUGGUUUGCUAGGAUAUGCCGCAUUUGGGAAUGAUGCACCUUCCAACUUUCUAACUGCAUUUGGUUUCUAUGAUCCAUUCUGGCUCAUUGAUCUUGCCAAUGUCUGCAUUAUUGUUCACCUCCUCGGAGCAUACCAGGUUUUCGCGCAACCGGUAUUCGCAUUUGUGGAAGAAAGGUGCAAGAAGAGAUGGCCAGAGAGUAAGAUGAUGAAUGCAGAAACAUGCAUUAAAAUGGGAUCAAAAAAAGGGUGGAGCUUGAGUUUAUUCAAGUUGAUAUGGAGGACUGGGUAUGUGAUAAUUACGACCUUGGUGGCGAUGUUGUUCCCAUUUUUCAAUGACUUUGUGGGUCUUCUUGGAGCUAUCUCCUACUGGCCCCUAACCAUUUACUUCCCAAUCCAGAUGUACAUUGCAAGAACCAAGACUCCGAGGUUCUCAUUCGUUUGGGUAUGGCUCCAAAUUUUAUGUGUAGUUUGCUUCAUACUUUCACUAUUAGCGGCUGCUGGAUCACUACGUGGCCUUAUCCUCUCUAUCAGGACAUAUAAACCCUUCCAAGCUAAGUCAUGACUCUCAUCUCAGUGGCCGCGGCAAUCCUCAAUGUUUUACAGUAUAUAUAGCUAGUGAACUAUGCAUGUGUAUGUAAUUAACUAGCUAGCUUGACCCAAGUCUGAUGUACUAUGUAUAAUUCAAGCAAAUUAUCUUUAUAUAAAGAAUAUCAUAACGCAUCCUCACCAUGUAAGGGAAAGCUUGUUUAAGAAUAAAGUAUAUAUGUUAUAUCGGUAGAGAACUCCUAUUUCAUGCCAUGUAGAUACUUUAGCGUGUGAC